GUAUUGUUGUGACUUUUGGGGUGUGCGGUACACAUUUUGUGGCGUGAGUGAAAGUGAAAUUGAGGUCGCUCCAGAGAAAUAAUUUACAUAUAGAAUACUAUUAAUUGAUAGACGUUGUUAUCACUUUUUACGAAUUUACUUUGAUUGAGAAAAAAACCAACAACUUUAAAUCAAAAUGCUACGUCAUAUGUGCAACCAGCAUUUAAAUAAAUCUCUAUGGAUACAGCAGCAAUUGCAACAACGUUGCUGUUAUCACAGUGAAAAGGGAGUAUUCGGCUACCGGCCAAGAACACAACGUGAAUAUAAAGUACCGGAAGAUGUGCUGCAGUCGAGAAAUGCCCAAGGUAAUGUAUAUCGUUGGGUGGAAGCUUAUCGCAAAUAUGGCCACAAAUUGGCAGCCGUAAAUCCCAUAAGCAUCAAAAGUCAACAAAGUUCCUUAGAUGAAUUAAAUCCUGCAUAUUAUGGUCUCCAAAGCCAAGAAAACGUACAGCCACAGGGUCUGCUUAAUGCCCCAGAUGUCGCAGCCGCAACCAUGACGACUGUAGGCGAAUUGGAAGUAAAGUUAAAAGAACUUUAUUGUGGCAAAGCAGUUAGUGCUGAAUUUGGUUAUAUUGAGAACCUAGAGGAACGCGAAUGGUUGGCCUUGCAUUUCGAACAGUUGAAUGCACAAUCACAGCAAUAUCUUAGUAAUGACAAUCGUAAACAGAUUGCCGAAUUACUAAUUAAGUCACAAGCCUGGGACAAUUUCAUGGCCACAAAAUACCCCACUGUCAAGCGUUACGGUGGUGAGGGUGCUGAAAGUUUAUUGGCUUUCUUUUGGCAAUUGCUGCGCAAUAGUGCACAAGAUGAUCUCAAACAAAUUGUUGUGGCAAUGCCACAUCGUGGACGUACAGAGUUACAAACCAUUCUAUUGAAUAUGAGACCUGCGAAAGUUUUUCGCAAACUUAGUGGAGAAUCUGAAUUUCCAGAGGAUUGCCAAGCCAUGUCAGAUGUAAUAAGUCAUUUUCACAUAUCGGAAGAUUUGAAUGUGGAGGGUAAAAAUAUACAUUUUUGUAUGGUGCGAAAUCCUUCACACUUGGAGGCUGCCAACCCUGUUGCCAUGGGCAAAACUCGUUCUAAACAACAAACUUUAAAAGAUGGAGCUUUCAGUGAUGAAGCGGAAAAACCAUUCGCGUCCUCAGUACUAAAUGUAAUACUUCAUGGUGAUGCAGCCUUUGCCGGUCAAGGUGUCAACCAGGAAUGUUUGAAUAUGGCCUAUGUGCCACACUUUGAAAUUGGUGGCAGUGUUCAUUUGAUUGUCAAUAACCAAGUGGGUUUCACCACUCCCGGUGACAGAGGUCGUUCAACAGAUUAUACCUCCGAUUUAGCUAAAACUAUUCAAGCUCCUGUAUUUCAUGUCAAUGGCGAUGAUCCCGAAAUGGUGGCUUUGGUUACAAAACUGGCCUUUGAAUAUCAGCGUCAGUUCCGUAAGGAUAUAUUCAUUGAUAUGAAUUGUUUCCGUCGUUGGGGUCACAACGAAUUGGACGAUCCCAUGUUUACGAAUCCAUUGGUGUAUACCAUCGUAAACAAUCGCAAAACCGUUCCCGAUUUAUAUGCUGAAAAACUCAAUGAACAAUCAAUACUCUCCGCUGAAGAGGCCAAAAAGAUGCACAACGAUUAUAUGGACUACCUUAGUGAAGAACUUCUGUUAGCGCCUAAAUAUAAACCAGAACCCUCAUACUUUCAAGAACAAUGGCAACACCUUACUACGGCCUCAGAUAAUGUAACCUACUGGGAUACUGGCCUUGAUUAUGGUUUACUUAACUACAUUGGACAGCAAAGUGUAAAAUAUCCCGAAGGCUUCAAUGUUCAUCCACAUUUGAAAAAAACCCAUAUUGAGGGCAGAAUUAAAAAACUGAAUGCUGGUGCAAAAAUUGAUUGGUCAACGGCAGAGGCUUUAGCAGUGGGCAGUCUUAUGUAUCAGGGCUAUAAUGUACGCAUAAGUGGUGAAGAUGUUGGACGUGGCACCUUCUCACAUCGUCAUGUUAUGUUGGUUGACCAGGAAACAAAUGAAAUGUUUAUACCAUUGAACGAACUAAAAGGUGGUCAUGAUGGUAAAUUGGAAGUGGCUCAUAGCAUAUUGUCUGAAGAGGCUGUAUUGGCCUUUGAAUAUGGUAUGGCCAUAGAUAAUCCAAAUAACUUGAUCAUUUGGGAAGCUCAGUUUGGUGACUUUGCCAAUGGGGCCCAGAUUAUCAUAGAUAACUUUAUUAUCUCUGGAGAAACAAAAUGGAUGGAUUCAAAUGGUUUAGUUUUGCUCUUGCCACACGGUUAUGAUGGUGCUGCCUCCGAACACAGUUCUUGCCGCAUUGAACGUUUCUUGCAAUUGUGCGACUCGAAAGAAUGUGCCGCCGACAGUGAUAAUGUAAAUGUACAAAUUGUUAAUCCCACAACUCCUGCCCAGUACUUCCAUGUCUUGCGUCGCCAGCAAAUACGUAAUUUCCGCAAACCUUUGAUUGUGGUUGCUCCCAAAGUUCUAUUGCGUUUAUCGGCUGCCACUUCAACGCAUACAGAUUUCGCUCCAGGCACUCAGUUCCAUAAUGUUUUGGGUGACAGCACUGUUCAUCAGGACUCAGUUAAGCGCGUCGUCUUGUGUUCUGGUAAACACUAUUAUAAUUUGGCUGACGAAAGACAGGCUCAAAAUGCCCAGGACACUGCCAUUAUUCGUGUAGAGUCAUUGUGCCCAUUCCCCGCCUAUGAAUUACAACAGGAGAUGGCUAAAUAUAAGAACGCCACAAAGUUUGUUUGGUCUCAAGAAGAACACCGUAACAUGGGCGCCUGGAACUUUGUUAAACCACGUUUUGAAAAUCUUGUUGGAAAACAGCUGGAGUAUUGUGGACGCGAUGAGGCGCCAACAUCUGCAACGGGCAUUGGAAAAGUGCACAAACGUGAAGUUGAAGAAAUUGUACAGAGGCCAUUUAAAAUGUAAUAUGUAAAUGAGGAAUACGACAAAAACAGUUAAAGAGCCAAAAGACCCAAAAUAAAAAAAUGCAACCAGCUAACUAACCAACCAACCAACCAGGACAACCAACAAAUGUAUUUAAUACUCAUGCAAUAUUUGUACAUAUAUGUAUUCACACACACCAAUAUGUAUAAAUGCAUCUGAAACGUACUAUCUUUAGCCACUCACUUCCUUCUGGUGCUGUAGUUAAACGGAAAUUUAAUAAAUAAUAAAAAACUAAAGUAAAUACGUACGUACGUACAUAUAUACACACAUAUGUAUGUGUGAAAAAUUGUUAAACACAUAAAGACAUAACCAUAGCACAGGAUACCAUCCUGACACUGGCCCAAAAACAUAAAUACAGUACAGUUAAAGGAUGUUGUUCCUGUGGUAUUGUGUAGAUGAAAUAAUAAUAUUUUUAUUUUUCUUUGUUUUUUUCGCACCUCUUCCGUUUUAUUUAUAACUGUCCCCUGUAUAAUAAAUAAUAGUUAUAUGUUUUUCGUUUAUUUGUUUAUUUCUUUCGUUCCUUUUUGAGCAACAAUUUUAUGCAUUUAUACAUUGUCCAACAACACUUUAUAUGAAUAAUAAUUUAAUUAAGUGUUAUUUAAUUUUAAGUUAAAAAGAAAUAAAAGAUGUUCACUUGAUAAAUAUA